AUGACCACUGAAGAUUCAACUUCCAGCAUCCCGAGCAAACGCGCCACGUCAGCCCUUCAAAUGGGCCUCUGCAAAAAGUAUCCUCUUGUAUCACACGGGCGCCACUUCGGUCGAACGGUGUUCGCGUUAUGCAACUAUCCCUCUCUGCUCACCAAUGGAGUCCUUAGGUUAGAACAAAUGGAAGACACUCCUCUGGAAAAUUUCUCGGCUGAAGAACGACGCGAGCAUCGCGUAUUCGAACAGCUCUUAGACUCUUACCCUGGCCUAUUAGAGCGACUUAGGAACGGUUCCGAAGAGGAAAUUCUGCACGUUGGAGAGCUAAUUGGCAAGGGAGCGUCAGGCGCGAGAGGUGACGACACUAAAUCUUUGAAGUCUGCAAUACUCGAUUGGAUUUCCCCGAAAGGAGCCUCGAUCCAGCCUCCUUUACAUAGGAACUCGAAGAUCGAUCGUGGAUUCAACCAUGAACUUACCGGGUCACUACUUUGCCCCGCAGGGUUAGACUGGCACGACCCAGAGACGAGAGAGAACCUGCGCAGUGGUGAAAUCUUGGUCUGCGGAGACCAAUGGCCCGUUUUCUUAUAUGCCAAUCAGACCUAUGACGAUGAGGAUCCAUGGUGCGGCCUCCUCAGGAGUCGCUUGCUGACAUCUGCUUAUAAGCAUGUCUUCACAUCCCCAAGCUCGGUCGACAAGGACCCAAAAGCCACGCGAUCCGGAAACGCUCGCCUCCAUGGCAUGAGCUGUGUCACCAUCGCCUCCAUCGCCUAUAUUGCUACUCAGGUUCGAUUUGCGCUAAGCUCGUCCUCGGUGUUUUCACGAAGCGACACAUCUACAGAUUCAGAGACAUUCUACCACAGCCUCCUCGACCUUUUCGAGGACCCGGACGAAUCUAAAGAAGUUGACGAGCUACUAAUAUGGUGGAAUCGUCAGGUCUUCCCUACUUCCUCUGCCGCCCAGCGGCCUAUUAGUGCCAACAGUGCCCUAUCGAAAAUACGAAUCAAACGUCUUGCGACAUUACAUGUCAUGAACAUAUGCCGUCAGGAUUGGGAAGGCUGA